AUGGACAUCGAUCAGGCUGAACCUGGCGCGGCGCAGAACAUGGACAUCAAAAGGGAGACCAGCUAUGGGGUUGACAGUAACCCCCGGAUGUCACAAAUCCCAGAAACUGCAAGUGCAGGCUCCGUUGGCCCACGCUCAUCCCAACCGCCCUCAAUAUCCCAGGCAGACGGCACGGCAGACGAAAAGCCCGAUGCCAAGCUGGCGGCCGUGUCCAGAGCCACCAGCAAGAAAGGCACUGCAAAGCUGGUCAAAAAAACUGCCCGGAAGACCAUCGGCAGUGGGACCCGCGGCGGUCGAAAGUCGCGGGGCGGCAGCAAAUCUGGAGCCUCGUCACGGGCCAAGAAAACAACAUCCACCACCACAGCCUCUCAGGCCUCAGCUUCAUCACCCAUAGCAGGAACUUUGGCAUCCAGCGAGGCAGGAGCUAGCGAUGAGGAGGAGUCGGACCACGGCCCCUACUGCAUCUGCCGGGGACCGGACGACCACAGGUGGAUGAUCAGUUGCGACAUGUGUGACGACUGGUUUCAUGGCGAGUGCGUCAACAUCGAUAAGACGAUCGGCGAGGCCCUGAUCCAGCGUUAUGUGUGUCCUGGCUGCACAGAUAGGCAGGGGGUGAACGUCACCAGGUACAAGAAGACGUGCAGUCUGGAGGGAUGUUGGAGGCCGGCCAGGAUUUACGACGACAUCCGCGGAGAUGCGGACUACAGUGUCUUCUGCAGUGAUCAGCACGCCGAGGGCUGGUGGGAGCAGCUGGUCCGGUCAUUGCCCGAGAACCGGAGUCUGAGGGCCAAGGAGGCGGACCUUACGAGGGAGAAGUUUAUGGGCUUGUUGAACGUGUCCGCGGUGCACAAGUCUGUCGAUGGCGAGGAGCCAUGGCAUCUCGGGAAGAAGCCAUUCGCCGUGCCCAGCGAGUUCUCGUCAAAGGUCGACCAAACGCUCGUCUUCACGCCUGAGGAGCAAUCCUUUCUUGCUGCCUCCGCCGCGGACCGGUACGCGCUAGCCGAGGAGAUCGUGCUGAACAAGAAGAUGCAGCAGCUCCUCGACCUGGCCAACGACCGGCGCAAGGCCGCCAUCACUGAGGGCCUCCUCGAGAAGGACGUGUGCGGGUACGACUCACGGCUGGACCUUGUCGGCUGCCCGGAGGAGUUCGGCGUCUUCGUCAAGUCGGCGCAGGGCGAGGCCAUCUACAAGAACAACAGCCUCGCGACGGGCGGCGGCUGGACCGAGGAGCAGGUCCAAGCGAUGAAGGCUGCCGCCGCCGAGGCUGAGGACGGCAGGGAGUGGACCCUGGCCACGGCGGGCAUGUGCGACCGCAGGAGGUGUAAGCCGCACGCCUCGUGGUACAACAUCUUCACCAAGAGCACGCGCCACCUCAUCAAGGAGCUGGCGCGCCAGGCCAAGGAGAAGCUCGACGCCGAGACCAGGGUCCGGGAGGCGGCCGCGACGAGGUACUUUAGACGGAAGAACGAGAGGACCUCCGUGACGAGGUUGGAUGGGAUGCUCAUGACAUGA